GGGUUUAUGGCUGUAGCUCAGCUCUCUGUUUGUAGCAAUGCAAAGUUUUAAAGUGCGGGCCAGGAGACGUUGGCUUAAUUUGAGUUUCUCUAUACUUUUAUAUACAUGUUUAUGUACACAGAGGACUUGUUAGAUGGAGUUUCUAGCACUGCAUUACCUCUACAAAUGACGGCAAUGUAUAUUGGAGAACUUGCAUUGCCUUUGAAUCAUGUAGUUUAAUCAUGCAGCUCCACAACAAACCUGUAUGAAGAUGAACUAUGGAUUCUCCGGCUUUCGUUUUCUGUAACUGGAAGAGCCGCUUCUGGCCUGCAAAGGUGUUGACGAAAUUGGAGCAACCUUUAUCCAAGAACAGCAAAUUACAAGUAGAAAUAUUUGAAGAGCUUAAACAGACAUCAGUAAAGUACAGCGAUACGAAACCAUUUCUGAUGGUUGAACUAAAGAAAAUCAGUGACGAUUUAGACAGAUCUAAAAAUCUCAAAGUUACUGCUGAGGAACUAGAGUAUCGAAGGGCACUCGGCACAGCAAUGAACCUCUUAAAAGAGGUGUCUGCAGGUGAAAGUGCACUCUUGCAGAAUGACAGAAAUACAGCCACUAUUGAAGCCUGCAAAGAAGCAGUAAAACACGAGGGGGGUAAUGAAUGCACAUCUUCAAGAAAAAACCUUAUGGAGAAAGAAGCCUCAGGCUCUAUUAUGUUAGAUGGCAAAACACUCAAAAGGGACGUAAGCAUGAGAAUAACUAAAUGCUCAAUGCGUCUCAGGACACCAAAUAAGCCCAAACCCACCCAGACAGAAAUCGAUGUUAAAAGAAAAAGGGUGGAAGACACAAGCACAGAAAAGGGCAGUUUUCGUGGUGGCAAGAAAACGCCCAAAAUCGUGUCCGUUGACGGCAGUACUACAGAACAGAAUUCUGAAAAAGGCAAGACCAAAAAGGCCAAACUUAAGCGCCAUCUUUCUUCCACAAAGGAAAUGCAGACUGUUGCGUCACCUGAUCCAGAGGAAAAUCCCACAAGGAAUGUAAAUCGGCGUACCAAAUGCCUUGUUUCAAAGCCUUCAAAAACAUGCAAUGUACAGGUGCCCACCACCAUACAGGAGUUUAGAUCUGAUACAGAAGAAGAAGAUUCCCACAGAAAGCGUAAAUACAACCAGCUACCUUUGCCAGACUUCAGCUUCACUGAGACAGAAUUAUCUUCAGACUUGUCUAUGGAAUGUAGUUCUCCAGAAUUCAAAGCUAUUCCAGAGGUGUGGCCAAAUGACGAUACAGAGGAUGAUGUAGAUCUUCCUGUCAUUGAACUCAAGAAAGAACCAGUCUCCUUUGAGAAUGGGUCGUUUGUCUGGUGUAAAUUUAAGCGAUACCCUUAUUGGCCAUCUUUGGUAAAAAUUGUGCGACACAAAGAAAAGCGGGCUUCAAUAAUAUUUGUGGAGGAGUGCCUUUCUGAUCCUAACUCUCAAAAGCAAAGUUUCAAAGUAUCCCUUCGCACAUUAAAGCAUUAUGACUGUCCAGAGAAGCAGGAGCUUUUGGAUGUUGCUCGCAAAGAUUAUGGGAAAUCUGUGGAUUGGUGUGAUUCUCUAAUAUGUGACUACAGAAUACGAUUGGGCUGUGGUUCAUUUUCUGGUUCAUUCUUGCAAUACUGCACAUCGGCAAUCAGCUACCCAGUACGAAGGGAGUGUUGUAAAACAAAAUUGAAUUUCCCCUCAAUAUGUCAGGAAAUAUGUGACCCUGUGCCAAACAUCACAGACAGUGAUUCUCAUGUGAUAAAGAAGAUUCUACCGGACCGGGCACGGGCAUCCAGAGAUAGAGCAAAUGAGAAACUGGUGGAGUGCAUCGUGAAGAGUAGGCAAGCAGAACGUCAUCUAAAAGGCAUCCUCACGGGAAAGAAAAAGUCACAUUGGUUGGAGAAGUUUCAGUCCUCAAACUUAGGUGUGGAGUGUCAGGAGACCUAUAUUGAAGAUGAAGAACAGGCAGAGUUGGUGGUGGGCUAUCUGCAGAUGCUUUGUGAAACUUUGAGCAUACAAUCAAAAAAGCUUAUGAAUGGCGAUCAAACUAAAUUCAUUCUUGAGGUGAUGUUUCCAGAGGCUGUCAUUUUUGCUCUAUCUGCUACAGAAGGCUUGAGUUUUGAAAAAGCAGAGAAGAAAUUUUUAGCAGGACCUUUACUCAGUAAGAGAGAAAGAAAACAGUUUGAGAAGCAGAUUAUGGAUAAGAAGAGGAUCAAACUUGAGGGAAAUUUGUAGCCUUAAAGGAGAUCGCACUAUUUUGAAUUUGCCACUAGCAAAUAUUGGACAUUUUGAAUACAUUGAAACCAAUCUUAUUCUAUAUAAAGUUCUGCCUUUGCAUUUUCUAUUAAAUGUAUUGUUUGACUAUCUUGAGAGUAAGUACCAUUUACAAACUACAGACAGCCGUAAGAAACCAAUCUCUGUGUACGUGAUUCUACAUGUCUCUGUACAAUAGUUUAUUAUUGAGCUCUUGCUGCUAUGUAUUGCACUGGGCCAGCACAUGCAGUUAAAGCCGGUCUUCUCUGCUGUGCUUUAAUUGUCUAGGCAUUUGUUUUUAUCCAUGCAGAUCAUUUAUAAACAUUGGACCAAAUUGUAAACCACACCAACAAAUCGGGAACCUGAUUUCAUUACUGAAGUUGGAAAUGCAGACAACUAAAUUCUGGUUGGUUGCUGUAAGCACCACCUUUUUUCUACACUGUGAUGCACGAUUUGUUAGUGUGCCGCUCAGGCUCGAUCACUGUGGGGAGUAGUGUGGGUGAUGCCAGCAAGGGCCCAGGCUGAGGUGGUCUCUCCCAUAAUCAUCACAGGACACCGUGGAGUUUUUUCUUUCUGGCGCACUCGCCAGCGGUGGCUGUUUUGCUGUUUAUCACAUGAAUCUUUAUUGUUUUUUUCAGUGACGACAACUAAUCAUCUGUUUGCCUUUUUAUUACAGAUAAUAUUUGACUAUAUUUUUUUACUUGAUAGCUUACCUCAAAGUGUUAACCCCUGAUUGAUUUUUCUUUACUAACCAGAAGCCAUGAGGCGAUAUAAACCCAUAUGAACUGUAUUGCCUUGUAGAAGAGUGACCAACCAGAAAUAAUCAGGGAUUAUUUAGCUCAGAUUGCACUGAUUCUGUAAACCAUUAUUGCUACCAUUGCAGACAGAUUCAUGCGAACAUAUUAAUACUGGUUGAAAAAUAAAUGUUUACAUGUAGCCUUUUC